UGUUUAUAUAUUCCUCGUUUUGCACACAUGCUGGAGUUUGGGGACAAGAACCACGAGGUGUCCAUGACGGCUCUCAGGCUGCUGCAGAGAAUGAAGCGGGACUGGAUGCACACCGGUCGCCGGCCCUCGGGGCUCUGUGGAGCAGCUCUGCUAGUGGCAGCAAGAAUGCAUGAUUUCCGACGUACUGUUAAAGAGGUCAUCAGGGUGGUCAAGGUUUGUGAGUCUACAUUAAGGAAAAGGUUGACAGAGUUUGAAGAUACACCAACAAGUCAGCUAACCAUAGAUGAGUUUAUGAAGAUUGACUUAGAAGAAGAAUGUGAUCCUCCUUCGUUUACAGCUGGUCAAAAAAAAUUGAAGAUACAGCAGCUCGAGAAGGCAUUAUCAAAAAAACUGGAAGAUUUUGAAGGUGAAAUAUCAAGCUAUCAGGAUGAAAUAGAGAUUGAAUUAGAAAACAGUAGACCAAAAGCAAAAGGCGUAUUUGCAAGUUUCACUAAAGAUGAUUCUGUAGAAGAUAAUACCUGUAGCAUAACUGGAGAUGAGGAGGCAGAAGAUGAGGAACUGGAAGCAGCUGCUAAUCACUUAAACAAGGACUUCUAUCAUGAACUUCAUGAGAAGGAUAGAGGAAAAGAUAAAGAAGCUGAAGAAUGCAGAAAUGGAAGUGAAGCCCUUGUAAGACCACCCGCACUGGAAUCCUUGCUCGGCCCGCUCCCCACUGCAGCUAGUCUUGGCAUAACAGAAUCCAUAAAAGAGUGCAUAUCCACCAAGGACAGAGACCCUGGUGAGAAUACAGGAGAUGGUGAAUUAGAUCUGAGUGGGAUCGAUGACAGUGAAAUAGAUCGGUAUAUACUUAAUGAAGCAGAAGCUCAGAUAAAAGCAGAGCUGUGGAUGAAAGAAAAUGCAGAUUAUUUGAAGGAACAGAAAGAAAAGGAAGCAAGAAUAGCAAAAGAGAAAGAACUUGGGAUUUAUAAAGAACACAAGCGAAAGAAAUCUGCAAAGAAGCGGGAGCCAAUACAAGCCAGCACAGCAGGAGAGGCAAUUGAAAAGAUGUUAGAACAGAAGAAAAUCUCAAGUAAAAUUAAUUAUAAUGUGCUAAGGGACCUGAACAGCAAAGGAAGUAACACACCAAAGAAAGAGGAUGACAGCACUGAUGACAGCACCAACACCAAGAAGCUGUCAAGAAGAAAAUCUAUUGCCAAUAGGAAUAUAGCCAACCCUGUAAACAGUGUGGGAAAAAGACUAAGACCCUUGAUUUCAACACAGCUUGCUAAAAAGGCUGCCACUGAAGAGGUGACAUUUCCAAAUGCACAAGCAGAAGCUCCUGACUUAGAACAACCAGCGGCUGUGCUAGUGGAGAGUGGCCCAGUAGCUUAUAACCCUGAUGAAGAGGUGGAAGAGGAAGAAGCAGAAGAAGAUGAUGAUCACUGCAUGAGCGCCUUGCAGUUAAUGGGAGGAAAUGAUUAUGGCUGUGAUAUGGAUGAUGAUGAUGGCUAUUAGUCUCAUUUACUUCCCAAGGACAUGGACUGUGUCUUGCUCUCAGCAAAUCUUCAGUCUUCAAACUGUAUGAAUAGUGAAAGAAACUGUCUAUGGUCAGCAAAUGUAAUCAAACAAUCCCUACUUUUGUAAAGCAAAUUUUAGGUUGGCUGACUCUGGUCAGUUUACAUUGACCCAUAACCCAGCAAUAAAGUUUGGGUUUGUACUUGAAUUUUUUUGUUUCUUUUGGUGGAUCACAGUUUGAGGAUGAAAUUAAUGGGAGUAAUGUUUCCAGAGAACAAAAGAAAGAGACAAAAUA